GGCAUCCGCUCGAAUUGACUGGCAUUCCGUUCUAACUCGCAUCCGCUCAACAACUGGUAGAAGAACAGAGGCGGAGUAAGCGUUGAUUACGCAAUUCUCUUGUGACUUGAACUUGGUAGAAAAAUGCUUAGUUUGUAACGGUAAUAUUUUCAUUGCAUUUCUUCUCAUCGCCAUGCCUAAAUCAACAUUUGUGGCCUACUUGCUAUGGCUGAUUGGCGGCUGGUUUGGGGUACACCAUUUUUACCUUGGUCGCGACAGACAGGCUUUCGUGUGGUGGUGUACCUGGGGAGGCUUCUGUCUAGGCUGGAUAAGGGACUUGUGGCGAAUACCUCACUAUGUACAGGCAGCUAACGAAGCCUAUGAAUACAUGGACUGGUUGACAUCGCAGUUGAGAAAAAACCAAAAACCACAAUUUAGUACUGCAAGAUGGACAGGACAACUCUGUUUUGGAACAUUCUGUGGUUAUCUUGUGCUCUUUGCAAUACCAGAAUCCUUAAGUCCUAACUUAAUUACUAUAUUGCAAUACAUUGUUGUACCACUUGGUAGUGCAACAGGAGUUUAUAUUGUUGGAAAUAUUGGAUAUGAAACUGGAUCGUUUAAAUGGACAUUAUUUGGGGCCUAUGGAGCACUAAUUAUUUUGCGGGAACCAACUGCUAUUGCCAUGGUUACAAUUUCAAGCUCACUCUUAUUUCAAUGGACCAAGAAGUAUAAGAGGAAAGUAGAACAAAAAGGCUUUUGUAGAAGACUUAUAAAAUUAACAUUUGCAGGUGUCAUUAUAAUUUGUCUGUGGAGUUCUUUCUUGUACUACAAUGCCUCUGUUGUGACGUCUGAUGGGGAAACUGUCUAUGUACGAGAAGCAGUACACCAUUUCUUGGAGUCAACUUUCUACAAAGAAUUGAAAGCAACUUUGUAUGAGUUGAUUCAUAUUGGUUGGCAAAUGGGCUGGAGGGGCAUGUACGAGGCCUUUGUGGAAGCUGUGGACCCACUGGGUGAAAGUAAUGCACUCAAGGCACUUAAUUUGACAAAAGGUGUGGAAAGAGAAGAGAUAUCUAGAAGAUGCAGGAAGUUAUCAAGAGAUUGGCAUCCAGACAAACACAAAAAAGAAAAAGACAAAGCACAAGAAAUGUUCAUCAAAAUACAAGAUGCCUGUAAAAUACUUCUUGAUAUUCACAAGAAAAGAGAGCCUUAAGCCAUUUUCAGACAGAGGUUCUGACAAUAUUGCGGUAAUAGUACCGCUUAUCAGACCAUUCAUACCAUCCAAAUAUAUUUUUUAUUUAAAUUGCCUUCACAUCCAACAGCAAGUACACAUGAGAAUGAUGCUUUAUAAAGUGUAUUGCCAUAAUAUUUUGCUAUAAUAUAGCAUCUUUUCUGUAUAAAUGGAUCAUGCAUGCUAAGAGAGCCAUUGGCUAUCAUUUUAGUAUAAACAACCCCAGACUCACUAGUGCCAUCAAUUUGAUGACAAAUCUCCCCUUCUGCACUAAGUUUUAAAGGGAGGGACUUUCACUGAUGGAAGGUCUACACUCUACACCACCUUUGGUCUAUCAUGGUUGGGUCUAAGGUAAGACAUUUUAUGAAUAUGGGAUUCUCACGCUUUAACUUUGAAUUAAUUUUCUUUUUUUUAAUUGCUAAUUUUUAAGGUGAUUAGCUUAUAUUUGAAAUUAAAAAAAGAAAACAUUUUUUUUGCCAAACAGAUAUAUUAAAUAAUGCUGCAGAUUGUGUUUGAAUGUGCCAUUUUCAGCCAUCUAGGUGUCCUAGACAGUGUAGUACAGGGAUUGGGGGGGGGGGUGGGGAGGAACUGAGAAUCCCCUUGUUUUUCAAAGGUGAAUAAAAAUUUAUUAGCAAUUUCUUGAAAGAUUUAUUGAAAAAUAUUACAUAUUAUGUUUUUUUUAAAUUUAUACAUUGCUUCUACUGGUCUGAUUUUGUGUAUUAUCUUUCAUUUUAAAGUAGAAUUUAAUAAACUACUCAACAUUCCAUUUUCAGACAUGACAUUUUGAACCUCAGCUGUAGCUGUGGUGAGGCUGAGGUAGUCUGCACCAGGUCUGGAGCCUCCAUCUAUUAAAAAAUAUUUGGAUCUGUCACUGUUCUGUACAACCGCAAUUUUUUAUGGCUGGUAUUAAAUGAUUUAAAGAUUUUUAUAGUGAAUUUGGUGAAAAAUAUUUCAAUUAUUAAAUGUUUUAAAUUUGAAGUUUUGAGGGAUUUUAUCAGAGAUAGUUUUAUUAGUGACAAUGCCACCCAGUCAGGCUGGAAAAUUACUAACAAUUGUUGUUUCAUCACUAUAGUAAUAAUUUUUCAGCUGCUAUUCUUGAUAUUGUUCUGAAACCAAUAGUAAAAGUAUGUUAUAAUUUGUGGGAUUGCAAUGAAACCAACAUGAAGCUUAAGUAUUUUAAUAAAAAAUCUUAAGUUCAGGAAAAUAAAAUAAAUAAAAAGUAUAAAUUGUGA